CACAUGCAGAAUGCGCAGAUCAUUCAUAUAAGAACUCAUCCAUGUUUUUCGUUAAGUUCAAACAUUCCUGACAAAAUGGAUCCGCUGGAACUACUUCUACCAGACGACCAGCUCGAACUCGCCUUCUCUUCAUUGAUUGACCAUGUUUGUAAGUGCCCAUGAAUGCUGAGAUCGAAUCUCAAUUUAGUUAGCAUUUGUUUUACAUUCUCGCAGUCCUAACAUACGUCGUGGAGACGUACGCCGUGUGUAUUCUUCUAAGCAGAUAUUCCAACUCUUCCCUGAUUAAUCGCAUCAAGAUUUCAUCGAAUCAACCCGUUAUUGCAAUGACCCUGAACACCGAAGCCCGGUACGACCCUCAGCUUACCCGGAACAUCGAUUUGGGCUGCCAUGCUUUCAUCAUGGAUCAAACAAAUGCUCACUUUUUCCUGGAUUCGUUCAACAUCACCCACGAUUAUGCGUUCAUCAGAAAUCCGAACAAAACCGUAAUUGUGGUGCAGGACCCCAACCAUGCCGAUCCGGAUCCCGACUUUUUCGAUAACAUACGAACACAUCCCGCGGUGCAGGAAAUUCCUCGUCUGCUACUGAUUGAUUCUCGCCACGGUGACAACGAGAUCGAUCUGUGGACCCAUGGGUUUAAAUCGUCACCCGAAGAAGCGGAGCAGUUGAUCUACCUGGAUUCGUAUUUUGUGCGGAAUGAAUCAUUCCUGCUGGGAAGUGAUCUCUUUCCGGAUAAGACGCUGAACAUGGAACGGAGGAUGUUCCGGUUGGCCAGCUUUCGAUUGAUUCCACAUUUCAUAUUCGUGCCAAUCUACGAUGAACCGUGGAUUGCCAAGUACGAAAAUCAGACCGUACGCAUCGACGGCGUGGGUGGGCUAGUGAUGGUUGAAUUCUGUCGAAAGUACAACUGCACGUGGGAUCUUCAGAUCGGUUAGUUGAACGAAUUAUUUGCAGCUAAAGAAGGCUUAAUUGGUGGUAUUUUAGAUCAAGCUGGUGAAUGGGGUUUGAUCUACGACAAUUGGACUGGUGAUGGUAUUAUUGGAGCAAUAGCUGAACGCCGAGCGGAUGUGGGCAUCGGAUCUCUUUUGACCUGGCAGAGCGUUCACAAGUUUCUUGGUUUUACCGCUACUAUUCGAAAGCCCACCCUUCGGAAAGUGGUUAACAAUUUCAGAAUCUACACCGUACCGAAACUCCUAGCGUUAGCCAAUCAGGGUGAAGUUGCCUUCGGAGUUAGCAAGCUCAACUACGGUCACUACAUGAUUGGAACGUUCAUCACGGCUGGAAAUGUCCGCCUCUAUCGUCUGAUGAAAGAAGACCUGUACUUUGAGUACGAAGUAUCGAUGACCACCAAAACAUGGCCCUUAAAGGAUCGCCUCUCGGAUUUGAUACUACGCAUCGUGGCAUCCGGCAUUCGAGCGUAUCAGGAACCGGUCGUAGCUAAGCGUUACAUGGACUAUGGGGUGCAGAUUCAGAUUUUCCACUCCCAGGACAAGGAACAGGUACCACCGCAUCCGAUGGCAAUUGAAGAUCUACUGGCUGCCUACUUUGUGCUGGGAGCUGGACUUUUGUUGGGAGCUGUGGCUUUUUUGAUGGAACAUUUGGGGCAUCGGUAUUGGCAUAGGAAGAAACCAACUUGCAAGACAUUGAGCUGGAAUGUUUUGAAAUGAAAGAACAUGUGAAGUUUUUUGGUAGUAUAUUAGCAAUUACUCUGUUCCAGUUG